GCACCAAAGUCAUCACAUCUGAUGAUCUGUGCCGUGCGCACUGGAACGUGACAUACCGGGAUUAAGAUAGUGUGAGUACGAGUGUGCGUGAGUGGCCAGAACAGUGUUCGUUACGAGUAGAGGCUUACAACCACGAACUGCCGUAGCAACGACGGUGUUGGUGAAGGGAACGGCCGAUAUCUCCAACCUAACCUGGCAGCCGUACAAAGGCAGCAUCAUGAUAGCCAGCUUGCCUGACGAGUUUAGCACCGCUCAGUAUCCAGAACAGUAUCCAGAACCGUUCCAGCAAUGGGUGAUGAUGGUGGAAACAAGGACAGGUAGCAAAUGCCCAGCUGGAGGACAUGUUAUCACCAACGACCUGGUCCAGAACGGAAAGGGGCAGCGUGUACGGUUGAUUCAUGCAUAUACAGGCGCUGAAAUCGGGUGAUCAGGGAUUUGUGGGCCGUGUGCCAAAAGCAUCCAACAAGGACUAUAUUGUACCUUCAAAGUGGAAUGUGGACAAGGAGGUGAGUCGCAAGGGCAAGAAAGAGCCUGAUCGGUUUGAGAAGCAGCAGUUGAAGCAUAAACAAGGCAAGCAAUUGAACAAGACCAGACGUGCUGCCGCCGUCAGUCUCGUUGGCACAAAGAUGUCACUGUAAUCCAAACAAUACUCAGAGCAGCCCAUCCGCAUCUUCUGUACAGCAAAGUUACAGAUAGAUUGCCAUCAAGAACACUGGUCACGGUAUGUUGUACAAGGGUCCUUGCAAGUGGAUAUAUUAUAAAUAGGUGUGUUGUAUUAGUACUUCCUUGCUUGCUUCUUGUUUAUCUCUAUUUAGGUAUAGUCUGAUGUUGUUAGGUUUUCACCCGUUAUGCUCCCAGUUUAUGUUGGUUUUUCGCGUCCUGUACUUGAUCAUUGCAUAUCUGUAUGUACGUGUGCUGUGUGUGUGUGUGUGUGUGUGUGCGUGUGUGUGCGUGUGUGCGUGCGUGCGUGCGUGUGAACUUUUUUUGUAUUUAUACAUACUGUACGUGCAAGCGCGGAUGUCGCACUGAUUAUAGUGUGGCAGCCUCGGGUCUGUAUGCUCUACAGGAGUAAAUACCGUGACCUGCCACUACGCUGUUUUUUAUUGUUUUCAUCACGUUUUCCCAUUCUCGCAGCAGAGCGAGCUGAAUGCAGGCUUUCACUCAUCCAUCCGUCCUAAACUUACAUCAUUUUCUCCUAUUUUUCAAGUAUCCUGUGAAUCAGUAUGUUUGUGAGCAGCAGAUGAAACUACCGUGUUGAACAGCGUUCACACACAAACUCUUACAACAAGUCAGUAAGCACAGUGUUGUUGUGCUUGAUGCUUGAUACAGUUGUUAUGCAUUGCAGCUGAAUGGUCUUUGUUGUCAGCUUGUCCUAUCCUUGCUGUGAAUGGUCUUGGUUCUCAGCUUGUCCUAGCCUUCCUGUUUGUUUUUUUUUGUUUUUUUUUGUUUUACAAAAAAAACCACACCAUUUGACGGCACAAAGCA